AUGACUAGCUUAUUAGGAUGGUGCAUGUACUUCGAUGGUGUAGCCAAUCAGUUAGGGUAUGGGAUAGGUGUUUUGUUAGUAUCCCCUCAGGGUGAUCAUAUUACGAGGUCUGUUCGUUUGACAUUUCCUGAUCGACAUCCUACCACGAAUAAUAUAGUUGAGUAUGAGGCUUGUAUCAUUGGUUUAGAGACUGCAUUGGAGCUUGGCAUUAGACAAAUGGAGGUAUUUGGUGACUCCAAUCUGGUAUUCAAGCAGAUUCAGGGAGAUUGGAAAACUAGGGAUGUGAAGCUUAGGUCGUAUCACACUCAUUUGGAGUUACUGGUUGCGAGAUUUGAUGACUUGAGAUAUGUUCAUCUACCUAGAGUACAAAACCGGUUUGUUGACGUCUUAGCUACUCUAGCUUCUUCUGUAGACAUUUCGAUUGAUGUGGUUGUACGUCCAUUACUGAUUGAGUUGAGGUUUGCACCUACCUACUGUUGUUUGAUAGGAGAGAUAGAGGUCCAGGAUGAUCUACCUUGGUAUCAUGACAUUUAUCAGUUUCUUAGAUCUGACACAUAUCUUGAGGUAGCCACAACCAAGGAUCGGAGAGCUCUAAGGCAGUUGGCCACUAGAUUUGUGAUUUGUGGAGAUACCUUAUACAGGCGAUCAGUUGAUGGAGCUACACCUUCCUCUUUAGUGUAUGGCAUGGAGACUGUUUUGCCAGUUAAGAUAGAGAUGGGUUCAUUGAGAGUAGCUCUCAAGCAGCAGAUUUCUGAGAUAGAGUGGGCUCAGGCUCAAUUUGAUCAGCUUAACCUUUUAGAUGAGAAGAGAUUGAGAGCAGCGGAUCAUGUUCAGGCUUAUCAGAGAAAGAUGGCUUGUGCCUUCAGGAAAUGGGUUAAGCCUAGACCAUUAUAG